AUGGCUGAUACUACCACCCCGGAUAUCGACCUCAGUGAAGCUGCUUUGGAUGAGUUUCUAGAGGACACGCGGUUCAGUCGCAUCUUUGAGCUUCCUGCAGAUGAGGCGCAAGGCCGGAGCCAACCAUUACGGGUAACGUACGCAGACUACGGCUACAGUAACCCGGAACGCCCUGAGCUCGACAAUGUCUUCCUCUUCUUCGCGCCAUUACUCGGUUCCCGGAUGACUCGGGUUGCUCUGGAUAAACUCGCCCAGCAGCACAGGGUCCGAAUCAUCAGUCCCGAUAGACCAGGGUUUGGGAAAACCACUGAUGUUGAACCUGAGGGAAGGAUUGUCUUUUGGCGUGAUGCUGUAUUAGCUUUGUUAAAGCAUCUGAACAUCCGCCAUGUUUCUAUCGGAACACAAAGCGGCGGUACGGUCUAUGCGCUUGAUCUAAUUCUGCAUCACCCUGAGAUUUUGCACCCAGAGCGGCCAUAUAUUGCCAUUGGCGCGCCAUGGAUACACCCCUCCCAAUCCGGCGCUUUGGCCAUGUCCAUCACUCAGUCUCUCCCCAGGGUAAUGAUAGAGCAGAUGGACAAGUUGGCAUCUGUGGUCACUACUGUGUCCGCUCCUGUGAUGUCUACAAGCUUCGGCUUGUCUGAUGUCAUUCUUGGAUUUCUAGGAGUUAAGUCGUCAUCGGGCCAGGCGGAUCGUUCAGAAGUGGACAGGCAAAUACUCUUCGAGGAUGCCCUGCAGCCCCGAAUGAUCAAAUUCGUGUAUCGCGAAGCUGUCCAUGGCCUCUCUCAAGACGCCGUUCUUCUAAUGAAGCGCACAGAAUCCGAUUCAGGCUGGGCAGACUGGGGAGAUUACGACAACUUGGUGCCAAGGCUGGCUGAGCCACUGCGUUCUCGAGGCAUGCGUCUUGUCGUCGAGGUCUUUCUUGGCGAGACCGAUUACAUGAUCGGCGAUGCUGGUUCCAAGGGGCCAGAGUGGUUUAGCCAAUGCUGGAAGAGUGUGAGUGAAGGUGAUGACAGCCCAAUCGACUUCUCGAGCACUGUCGUCAAAGGGGCCGACCACAACACAACGUGGAACUUACAAUGGGGAAUCCCCGAGCGUGUUUUCAGAAGGAUAGGAACAGGCGCAUAG